CUACUACCUGGUGAUCAGUUGUCAACAGAUCAGUUCGUCACUGUUUGGGUCGCAAAUUAUUGAAGAUCUCGGAGGUAGUAGUAAUAAUAGUAUAGCAUCAGAAAGAGGCAUCUUUGAAAAAACAUGUUCAAAACUGUAUGGUCUGAUGGUAUUUCCACGUAAAGUGGUUGAUGUUCAAGUGCUUAUUCCAAGUCCACUGCGUAUUCGAGCCAAAGUUGAAAUAACAGAUCCAUCAACUGGUUCGAAAGAUCAUUUCUUUGUGGAAGGUUCUGUCUGUCAAAACGGUUUUAAUCAAUAUGCCGCCGAUGCUGUGUGUCGUUCAUUAGGUGAAGUUGGUGGCGUGAAUCAGGAAGCAGACAUGGCUAUUGGUUGGAUUGAUAUGAAUGGACAGUUGCAUUUUGAGGAUCGGCAUGCUCCCGGCUUUGUACUACCAGUGAAAGAUUCAACAACUCAAGAUUGGUUUGGUUUGCAAGGUCGAGAAGAGAAUAAUUGGACAGCUAUUCAAUUCAAACAAUUUGUUGUUUGUUGUAUGUGGUGGAUGUUGCCACGUUUGCUACCUUGA